UUGGUUUUCGGUCGGCGAACAGCACGUGCCGGCCUGCGCCUUUCAGCGGCGGCGGUGCUCCGGCCCAGUCCUCGCAGCCCCGGGCCGGGUCCUCGCCGGGAAGUGAUGGCUCUUCAGGGUUCCCUCCCGAGGCUGGCACAGGGCGGCGGCCGGGGCUGUUUGUACUGAAGCAGCUUUCUUACCCCGGCCGGGCCCGGUUUGCCUCCGGGUCAUGUUCCUGCGGAGAAGCCCCUGGGAGAUCGGGCGGAGGGCGGCGGCGGUUAAACUGGAGACCGGGCCUCGGCCUCCCGGCUGGGCCCGUGACCCGCGGCGGAAGCUGCUUCUCUCCCUGCUUUACCCCGGGCCCGGGAGGAAGCGCCUGGGCCUCGGACUCGCCUGGUGGUCCCCUGCCCGAGUCCGGCGGAGGGAGGCCGCCCCAGGCCCCGGGCUCGCCUGUACAGGUUGCAGCCGCCGUUACGGAGCCGGCAGGCCGGCUGCUAAAAGGGAAGAUGCCGAACCGUCAUCAGGAGCCAGUGAGAAUGGAGAGGAGAGGGCGGCGGUGGCCUCAGGGUGUCCGGAUCUGUAUGAGAAUCCAUGGACAAUUCCAAACUUACUAUGCAUGGCACGGAUUGGCAUGUCACCGUACUUGGGCUACUUGAUUGUGGAAGAAGAAUUCAAUCUAGCUCUGGGUCUUUUUACUCUGGCAGGAAUUACUGAUCUGUUGGAUGGGUAUAUUGCACGAAACUGGGCUAAUCAGAAAUCAGCUUUGGGGAGUGCCCUGGACCCAUUGGCAGAUAAGAUUCUGAUCAGUGUCCUAUAUGUCAGUCUGACCUGUGCUGAACUCAUUCCAGCUCCUCUUACUGCAGUGGUCCUUAUACGAGAUAUCACCUUGAUUGCAGCUGGGUUUUAUAUUAGAUAUCGAACGGUUCCACCACCAAGGACUCUCAGCAAAUAUUUCAACCCAUGCUAUGCCACAGCACAGUUGAAACCAACGUUUAUCAGCAAGGUUAACACAGCAGUUCAACUUGUACUAGUGGCAGCAUCACUGGCAGCCCCAGUUUUUCAGUAUGUGGACAAUGUGUUCCUUCACAGUUUAUGGUACAUCACUGCAUUGACAACAGCGGCAUCUGCGUACAGCUAUUACCUCCAUGGCAGAAACGCAGUGCAAGUUUUAAACCGGAUGAAGUGAGAUAAAUUGGUUCAUAAUGUUCCAGUGUUUUUAGAAACAGUACAAUGAAAUAAAGGACUGGACCUUUGACUUCUCUGCUUUAAAAGAAAAGGACAUUGUUUAAAAAUAAUGUAGAUAUGUGGACUUUGUACCUGCAACAUUGUCAAUUUAAUAAUAAAAUUGAAAAAUUAUAGA